AAACUUUACAGCCCAAACCCGUUUUCUCACUCAAAUUUUACACUUCGGAGUCCCAGAAUCCGAGCUAACAACUCUUCCUCGUCCACCACAGUCCAAGAUGAAGCUCAAAAGCUCAGUGACGAAGCCAUGAGCAUUGACAAUCUUCGCCGCUUCGUUAACCUCAACUUGGGCAAGUGGAAUGGUUCCUUCUUUCAAUUUGAUGCUGUUGGGAAUCUAUUGCAUAAAGUGAAUACGAAGCUGUCAGCUAGCUCUUACGGGGAAGAUGAACUCAUCAGUCUCAUUCAAACAUUAUAUAUUGAACAAGCUUCCUCAAGCACAUCUGUUUCUGGAUAUGAUGAUGAUGAUGAGCUGGAAUGGGCAGAAUACAAAAUUAAAGAAACCAACAUGUUCACUGCGGACAAAUAUCAACAGAUUGGAUUCUUCCCCAAUGAGAAAGCAUUUUCUCUAAGGUACCAGACCGCUGGCAUGCUAGAAACUGUGCUAAGACAAGGGGUUCUUGGGGAAGAUGACAGUGGUGAAGACUCACCAAAAAAUCUAAAGCUUCCUUCCCGUUGGCCUUCUAUUGUAUGUGAGAGUUGUCUGUAUUCACUAGAGAAAGAUAUGCGAGUAAGAGCAUUCCAUAUCAUGGACCCAAAAGGCAUUGUCGAAAUGCUUCUCAUCUUCCUUGAGGAAAGAGGAGAUGGAGUGCUUCUUCCUCCUUCCCUCGACAAUAAUAUGGAAAACAAAGACAGGAUUGUUCCAUUUCUUGGUAAGUGGAAAGGUCAUUCCAUAACAAAACGAAGUGGUGUUUAUGGAUCAACAAUGGCUGAAGCUGAUACAGUAACAUCACUUGAGAUGGAUGAUAAGGGCCAAAUUAUUCAGGGCAUCACUUCCACCUCUGCUGCGGGUGAUGUUACCACUAAUGUGCCGUGGACGGGUAUCAAGUCAGACAAUUUGGUUACUUUUGCUGGAGGUUACCAGAUGACUUUCUUGCCUGGAGGUAUGUACAUGGGAUGCCCAUGUGAUGUAGGAAAGAAUGUUGCAGAAUCCGUGUCAUUCCAUUUGGAGUUCUGUUGGCUUGAGGGCCCUGGAAAGAGACAGAGAUUGGUUCGCACUUACGAUGUUGAAGGUUUGGCGGUUUCAACAACAUACUUCUAUGAGACAAGAAUGUGAGCACUCCAUCUUCAUUGUAGAUAUAAUUUUUCAGAGGGAAAUGUUUAUUUCUAUCCAUGGUUUUGCACAGUUCUACAUAACCCCAUUUGAUGCGCCAGUUUGUACUUUCUUGAAGCCUUGAACUAGUUGAGAGAGUCUGGGGACUAGUCUGGCCAAAUUUUUCUUUCCUGGACGUUGGAAAUAUAGGAAAUCUAAGGUCCCAUAACCUCCAUUGUUGUUGAACGAGUGUAUAUUAUUCUUGUAUGUAAUUUCAGAUUAAAAUUAAAGACAAGUUCUAGAA